AUGUCUCUGCUUGAUAGAAACCCAGCCAUCGAGCAGAGCAUCGAGCAGGAGGAGGGACUGAACAGAUCAUCAGCAGACCUGAGGAUCCGUAAGACACAGCACUCGACGCUGUCGCGUAAGUUUGUAGAGGUGAUGACUGAGUACAACACCACGCAGUCCAAGUACCGUGACCGUUGCAAGGACCGCAUCCAGAGGCAGCUGGAAAUCACUGGGCGAACCACCACCAAUGAGGAACUGGAGGAUAUGUUGGAGAGUGGCAAGCUGGCCAUCUUCACGGAUGAUAUCAAGAUGGACUCCCAGAUGACCAAGCAGGCUCUGAAUGAGAUCGAGACCCGACACACUGAGAUCAUCAAACUGGAAAACAGCAUCCGUGAGCUACAUGACAUGUUCGUGGACAUGGCCAUGCUGGUCGAGAGCCAGGGAGAGAUGAUUGACAGAAUUGAGUACAAUGUGGAACACUCCGUGGACUACGUAGAGCGAGCUGUAUCUGAUACCAAGAAGGCAGUCAAAUACCAGAGCCAAGCGCGCAAGAAGAAGAUCAUGAUCAUCAUCUGCUGCGUCAUCCUGGGCGUGGUCCUGGCGUCAACCAUUGGCGGAACGCUGGGCUUCUAG